AGGGGGCGUCACCUUCCGAGCAACAGCGAAAACAAGGAAAAGUCGCAAUUUCAUUAAAGUCGCGAAACUUUCUGCAGAAGUUCCUACGAGGACGCGGCCGAGCGACUUUAGCGAUCUAUGUCAUCACACACUCGAUUUCCGCAUGUCAUUUAACUCCAUUUCCGAUUUCUGCGGCUGUAAAACAGCCUCGCCGCAGCGAUUCCACUGAUUUAUUGUGCUUUGACCAUUUCAUUUCUGUUGUGAGUCGUCAAUCUCUUUGGCAGAUCUAAUUUGCAGACAUGAGCAAGACGUUGGGCUCCUUGCUCUUCGUGGGCCAACGAGUCAUCGGCAGGAAAUCGUCCUUCGGAAUUCGAUUUGUGUCGACGGUGCCCGGCCGGAGCCAAUUCACCAUGACUGGCGCCAAGGUGCAAGAUCCUCUGCAGGAGGCAUCGAUGGAGGAGGAGUGCAUCUUGGUCGACGACAACGACCAAGUCAUCGGCAGUGCCAGCAAACGCGCCUGCCAUUUAGUCAACUCGGACGGCAGCUUGCUGCUCCACCGAGCCUUCAGCGUUUUUGCCUUCAAUGCUGCGGGUCAGCUGUUGGUGCAGAAAAGGUCACAAUUCAAGGUGACGUUUCCUUUGUUGUGGGCCAACACUUGCUGCAGCCACCCCUUGAAUUUGCCUCAGGAAAUCAAAGGAGAGUCAGGAGCACGAGUUGCUGCACAAAGAAGACUUGGGUUGGAGCUUGGUGUUCCCGCUGAUGUGGCCGCGCCUGAAAGAAUGCAUUUCCUCACUAAAGUCCAUUACCAGGCCCCAUCUCCGCAGAUAUCAACGCAAAGGAAAGGCCCUGUUUGGGGUGAACACGAAAUCGACUACAUCCUCAUCCUGCGAGGUUUGGAGAAGGAGCACUUACUUCCUAAUCAAAACGAAGUUGCCGAAACCCAUUUUCUCGGACGUUCAGAUUUGCUGGACUUCCUGAAUGAGAACAAAGACAGUCUCACACCUUGGUUCUCUCUAAUUGCUCACACCCUUCUGCCGCUGUGGUGGGAUCAACUUGGCAACCUUCAGCAAGUUGACCAGCAGAAUUUAAUUCAUCGAUUUUAAUCCAAUCUGACAAACUUGCAACUUAUGUGGACAGAUCAAGUUCAGUUACAUAAUUAAAAGGUCUGUGAAUCUUGUAUACACGUCAGGCUUUAUACUUAAUUGUUGUGAUUUGUGAUCACAGGAUAUAAAAAUGAAUGUUGCUACAAUUGUUCUUCUUUGUAAGUAGCGUCAGUUUAUUUGCAUUAUUUGAACAAAUCUGUUUAAGAAAUAUUAUCAAGUUUUAUAUUGUUGCUAGCUUUACCAGAAAAUGAACUAGAAAAAAAAUUUGUGCAAUUAUUAUUGAUUACGUCAUUACUAAUCGUGAGAUAUAAUUAUACAAAUUAUUGUUUUUAACUGGUUAGAAGAUCAUUUUAAAUAAAUAUUUAUACAUACCAAUAUU